UUGAGCUCUGUCAACUGUGUUCCUCAAAAAUUGGUUGUUUUUUCAAGUUUUUAAUAGGUUUUUGCGUUUUGAUAUCGACAUUAAAACAGUCGACAUGUCUUCCGAAAACAACCAGAAUGGAGCCGAAGCGGAAAAUUUGUGCGUGGUCUGUUUUAAAAAUGUCGAGGUAUACUCGUACGGAGUGUGCGAUCACCCCGUCUGUUUCGAGUGUUCGACAAGAAUGAGGGUUUUGUGUAAACAGAACGAGUGUCCGAUCUGUCGCCAAGACAUGCCCAAGGUACUUUUUACGAGGUCGGUGGAACCGUUCAGCAUAAUAUUUCCGCGGUUCGAGCGCACGAACCUCCAAGACCGGACGUACGGUCUCUACUUCUGUACGACCGACAUCCAGAAGAUGUACUGGAAACUGUUGGAGAACCGAUGUCUGAUAUGCGACGAAAGCGAAAGUUUCUCUUUCAAGACGUUCGCGCAGCUGAAGGACCACGUGCGCCGCGAACACGAAAUGUUCUAUUGCCCCCUCUGCGUCGAACAUCUUAAGAUCUUUACGUUCGAACGACGGACCUACAACAGACAAGAGCUGGGCAUGCAUCGCAGGAAAGGCGAUCCGGACAAUACGUCGCAUCGUGGCCAUCCCCUCUGUCAGUUCUGUGAUACGAGAUUUAUGGAUAACGACGAUCUGUACCGGCACCUACGUCGUAACCACCUGUUCUGCCAUUACUGCGAUGCGGACGGUAAACACCAGUACUAUGACACCAUGGACAAUCUCAAGCAACACUUUCGUGAAGAGCAUUUCUUCUGCGAAGAGGGCGAGUGUCGUGAGAUACCACUCACUGCCGUCUUUCGUACCGACAUCGACCUCAAGGGACACAUAAUGCGCGAGCACAGUCGACACAUGACCAAGUCUGCCGGUAAACAGGCACGCACCCUUCACAUGGAGUUCACGCUGGCACCACGUCCCCGACCAGAAACUUCACGUAAACAUAAUAGAAUGGACAGGGUGGAUGACGAACCGGGCGGACCGGGUGGCGGCCCUGAAGAGCCGCAAUUCUUCAACACACUUUCUUCUGACAAUUUCCCGUCACUCGGUAACGCCACGCCACAUGUACCACUCACGAGAGUCAAUUUCACGUCAAAAGUCAAAAGGCUUGAUGGUGCUGAGUUCCCUUCACUAGGUGGGAGUAGAGGCCGUCCCGCCCCUGCGGUCACCAUUAGAGCCAAUUCAUCAGCACCAGGUACGAGCAGACCGGAAGUGACCAUAACGGGAACGGUACGUGGACAGUCGUCCAGCACCUCUCUCAAGAAUGAAUUUCCGGCAUUGGGCGCAUCCUCAUCGUCGUCCUCGUCAUUGGGCGGCAGCACCGUUAGAGUUAGCAUGAAUAAUCCUCAGGAAUCCAAGGUGAUGAUACAAGUGAACAGCAGGCCCAACGGCGCCGCAAUCACCACACAUAUCACGACGACGAAAUCUGCCCCGUCCACCUCCUCGCAACCAAUGAAACAGCAACAAUCGUCCGAAGAUUUUCCAGCGUUAGUUCAGUCGUCGCCGGUGACCCAGCCGCAGUGGGUCCAGCAGCGCCCCAAGAAGCAACAAGAACAGAAGAACGCCAAGGUGGCGCCCGCACCUGUACUGCCGCCCAGCGAUCUGGCACAGUUUCCCUCGUUGUCGAAGAACGCGGGCAAGGCCAAAAAGACCUCCAGCGUGACGGUUCCCGUGACACAAUCAUGGGUGAACUUAAACGAACGAAAUAAACCUCAAACUUCGAAUGGUAGUAACAGUACAAAUAAAACGAGUAAUACAAACGGUGGGGGCGACUCCAAGCCCUCGCCCUCGACAUCUAAGGCAGACAAUAAGCAUAAGCAAAAACCUGAAACAGAAUCAAAAUCCAAAAACAAAAAGAAAAAAACAAAAACAACGGAACCAGAUACUAAUAACACUACAUCAGACACCCAAAAUUCCAGCAACAACAGUAACAAUAACAACAAUAACAAUAAUAAUAACAAUAACAAAGUUGAGUCCAAGAAUGGGGUGGUAAAGAAGAUAUCGGAACUGAAAAUCGGUACAUUAAAUGUCGGCGGAGAAUCGUCGCAAAUUUCGAACAAUUUCACGACUCCAAACGAAAACAAACCUCCGCCAGGUUUUAGUGUUAAACCUCCGCCCGGAUUUAGCAACGCGAAUUUUCCCAGUUUGGGAUCGAACAACUUAACGUUUACAAACAGUACUGGUCAAUCUUAUGCGAUCACACCAAGUUCAGAACAGUGCUACCGGCAGCCGACGAACUUUAGCGUCAGAAACCAAAACCUGAUCAAACGAUUCAUGAGCGUCCUCAAUGACAAAGACGCAAUCAUGGAGUUUAGAAAGUACUCGGAUUUGUUCCGCCAGGAUGAGCUACCACCGAAAAAAUACUAUGCCCAUUGUAAAGAAAUACUGGGCAAUCAUUUCGAGGACAUAUUUCCAGAGUUGCUCGUUCUUUUACCGGACAUACAAAAACAACAGGAACUGUACCAGGCUCAUGACGGCGCGUCGAAAAAGAACCUCCUGGUGUGUCAGAAAUGCCAACAAGUAAUUCUGAAUCGCGAGCUAACCGAUCAUUAUCGUUAUCACAGUCUCGAUAAUCACUUUCCCAGUUUGGGACAGGCCCAGCAAGUUAGCAACAAUGCCUGGAAAAAGUAGGACGCAACCAUCCCCAGUGGGUCAUUUCGUAGGCUUUGAUAAAAUAAACCAUACACAUGUUGACAGCUUAAAACAGAUACUAUUUUCAUUUUAAGAGAGUGUCAAAGCUUUUUACCUGUAUAUAAGUAUCAUUCUGCACACCUCAGCACUGCAAUCUGUGAUAUUCGUAGUAAUAUUAUCUUCAAACGCGAGUAUUAUGGAAUAUUGCCGAAUGUUGUAUGCAUAUACAAUUCAAAAAUUAUUUUAAAUAGCAGGUAGGUAUAAGACUGUAAAUUAUUGACUAUCAGAAUAAUCAUGAUUGUAAUACUGAUUAACCGUUCCGAAAAUCUAAUAACCAUUGUUAAUUUUUAAAUCCUAAAAAUGUAGUUUGCUAAUGAAUAACAAAUACACUGAUAAUCAUAGUUUGAUUUGUGGCUGUGGUUUUACUCUCGUUUUUAAGAUUAUUGGUAAGCGUUAUGUUGAUCUAAAAUAUUUUUAUUUUUAAAGUUAUCGCUUGAAAAAACGGCUUUUAAUAUGUUUGGGUGUUCAACUGUAUAAAUGAUUGUAAAUAAAACAAUGUACAAUAAUUUAGUUUUGUAAUAAAUACAUCUAUUUUUGAAUAAAACCGUUUUAGUUUAA